AUGAAGGUCUCAUCUGCUUUCGUCCUCACUCUCCUCACCGGCGCGCUGGCCGCGCCUUCUGUCGUUUCCGACUUCGACUCCGAGAAGCGCGACGUUGACGUCGCAGCUAGAGACUUUGACGACUCGGUAAUCGCGAAUGCUGUUGAAGCUAGACAAGUCGACACUACCAUCACCCUCGACGAGCGCGAUGUUGAAGUCGAGGACGUCGAGAUAGUGGCACGGACGCCCGGACAGGGGGCCAAGAAGGCGGGCGCGAACACAGCGGCCAAGAAGAAGGCGGGCGCGAACACGGCGGCCAAGAAGAAGAAUAAUGGCGCCAAGGCAAACAAGAACAAGGCGAGCAAGGCGAAGGCCGCCGCUGCCAGAGUGACCAACUCCUUCCAAGCCCCCGGUGUCGUCUAA